AUGUGGGCUGGCGAGAAUGUGAUUGGUCGAGAGUUGCAUUGUCUGAGUCAGGGUGAGAGGCGAGCGUGGGAUUUGGGUAUGCAAACGACGUUCAGCGUUGUCCCAAUUCAUGGCUCGGAGGAUGAAGAAGCGCCGAGAUUAAUAUUCUUGGGAUGCGAACCAGGCCUAAUUCCAUCCGCUCGAGUGCCCGAGCCCCCGAUCCGGCAUCGCCAAUAUCUGCCAGUCCCGAGAUCACAUGAAAAUUCUGGCUCUAGUUCUCUUGAUUCAAAAAUGCUUCAAUUCCUCGAUUCUUUAGAGCCUUGA